GACAUCAUCAUCAUUAUCAUCAUUGAAGAAACAGUGACAGUGGAAACAUCUAGCUGCAAGAGGAAAAUCUCUGCAUGAAAAUCAAAUUUAUUCGCGUUUUCCUUUCGAGCCGAUCUGGAUGUGUGCGGUGCUGUUUUCCUCGACCAACAGUGAACGUUUUACAUUAAUCGGGAAAAGAAAAAUCUAGUGCCAGAGUGAAAUAAAACAAUAAAUUACCUUUGCAAUAGGAGCAUUGGCGAUUUUUUUCCCAACCCACUUGAUGACUGAGGGAAAACGAGUUUCCCGAUUGCGCGAUAGUGAUAACACAGUUGGGGGUUAGUGGGUGAAGAACAUAGCGUUUUUUGUGUUCUUUCAUGUGUGUUGUGAUCAUAUUCACAUCGAGUCCCUGUGGCAACUGUUUGACCAGUUGUUUUGCACUUACGUGUCAACUGGUGCAAUAAUGUAGCGAUGAGAUGUGAGCGCAUGAGAAGCAGCAGCAGUUUGAUUUUCUCCGAAGCAAGAGUGCAAUCGAAGCGGGGCACAGGUUUGUGUGGAUAGCGGAAAGCAAUACAUACCGGUAGUGACAAAAAAAAAAGAAGACAGGAACAUCCAGAAUAUAGAUAUAAACGCCUGUCGCAAAAAAUAGCCUUUCAUCUUACGUAAGGUACUCUUCAGUUGAUUGUUGUGUCCCGGAGGGAGGUCCGUCACCGGAAAAGUGGAAAAAUGUCUUUCGUGAGUGGAACCACGGACAACGAAGUCGCCCAAAAGUUUCUCGAGGUGCUGCAGAAUGAUUUCCGUAAUCUAUCGCUCGAGACGAAGAAGAAGUAUCCGCAGAUAAAAGAGUCAUGCGAGGAGGCAAUACUGAAGCUGAAAACAGCGGCUGCUAAUCCCCAAACACCGGUUUACUAUGUGGUCAAUCAGAUUCUGUACCCGCUGGUGCAGGGCUGCGAGUCGAAAGAUGUGAAAAUAAUCAAAUUCUGCCUCGGGAUGAUGCAGCGGUUGAUCACCCAGCAAGUGGUGGACCAGAAGGGGGCCCGAUACAUUACCGACACGCUCUGGAUGCUGAUGGAAAACGGCACCGAAGAGGUUAAGGUGCUGCAGAGCGUCACGCUGCUGCUGACCACAAACACGGUCGUGCACGGUGAAACGUUGGCCAAAACAUUGGUACUCUGCUUUAGGUUACAUUUCACCAAGGAUUCCACAACGAUCAACACGGCGGGCGCAACGGUGCGGCAGCUGGUUUCGCUUGUUUUCGAGCGGGUGGUGGCCGAGGAAGCGGAGGCCGAAGCCAAUCAGGACGAGAAGCGAGAAGUUAACUUGGAGGAACUCAAACUUGCGACCGGUGUGGCCCCCAAGGGACUACGGCCUUGUGCGGCCGAUGCCUUUCUGCUGUUCCAGGAUUUGGUACAGUUGGUUAACGCCGAUCAGCCUUAUUGGCUGCUCGGAAUGACUGAAAUGACACGCACAUUUGGACUGGAGCUGCUCGAAUCGGUCCUUACCCAGUAUACAUCAGUGUUUUUCAAGAACCCGGAGUUUUCGUUCCUGUUGAAGGAACGUGUCUGUGCUCUGGUAAUCAAGCUGUUCUCACCAAACAUCAAGUACAGAACAAUGGCACCACAGAACUCCCAAGCAGCGGCCCCUCACGAUAAGCCAUAUUUUCCCAUUAGCAUGCGUUUGUUGAGGGUCGUAUCCAUCUUGAUUCAAAAGUACCACAGUCUACUGGUAACAGAAUGUGAGAUAUUUCUCUCCUUGAUAGUGAAAUUCCUAGACCCCGACAAACCCUCCUGGCAAAGAUCUCUGGCACUGGAAGUGCUCCACAAAAUGACCAUCCAACCUGAUCUGCUGAUUUCGUUUUGUCGUUGUUACGAUCUUAAAGACCACGCCACCAACAUUUUCCAGGAUAUUAUCAACUCGUUGGGGACGUAUGUUCAAAGUCUGUUCGUCAACAGUCAACUAAUGAACAAUACCGUCGGUGGAACUCAAGGACAAGCAUCAGCUCUAAUCGGAGGCCUUCCCGUUGGACCAGGAAUAUCCCCCCAACCAGGCUUCUUGUUCCGGGGAGUGUUCCUCCCGUUGGUUGUAACAUUCCCCAGUGGUCAGUCCAAGUCAACCUUCCUGGAAAUGUUGGACAAAAUGGAGCCUCCUGUGAUUCCCGACGGAUACGGAAUAUCUGUGGCCUAUGCCUGUCUGCUGGACAUCGUGCGUUCGAUCUCGCUAUCGAUUCAGGGUCCUUCACAGUUGGGCGACGAAAACCCGAUUCCCUAUAAAAAUCGGGUAAACGAAGACGACAAAGCCUUACACAUCCAGUUGAUCUACUCCAGCUGGUUGGGUUUACUGUCAGCUUUGGGGCCACUGAUCGACGCAGCUACGGAUGAAUCAUCGACGGAGAAUGUUCUGAAAGGUAUUCAAAAUUAUGCGGCCUUGUGUGGUCUCUUGGAGUUACACACGCCGAGAGAUGCCUUCAUAACGGCGCUCUGCAGGGCUUCGCUACCGCCACACUAUGCCUUAUCAGUGCUGAACGUGAACUACCAGGGCAAUCAAUUCAAGUCUCAUUCCCGUGGCGGCAGUCAGGAUAUGGGAAAUAUGUUCCUCGGAUCUUACGGGGACGCGGACCAGCAACAGCAGCAACGCCAUCCUGUUGUUGCGGUAGGAACACCUCUUCCAACUUCAUCGCUACCGGUUGGUGCUCAUCAGGGACCCGUUCUAUUGACCGCUAAAAACCUGCAGUGUAUGCGAUCGGUACUCCAUCUGGCACACUGUCAUGGAGGAAUUUUGGGCAGUUCGUGGCACAUAGUGCUAACAACACUUCAGCAUUUAGCCUGGAUUCUGGGUCUGAAACCUUCGACCGGAGGAAGCUUACAGGCUGUUCAAAAACCCCCAACCGAUUCAAACUCGAUCACCCAAGUGAUGACAGAUCUCCCAGUGUUAUCCACGAUGCUAAGCCAACUGUUUGAAUCCAGCCAAUAUCUGGACGAUGUCGCGCUGCACCAUCUGAUCGAUGCACUGUGCAAACUAUCACACGAAGCCAUGGAGUUGGCGUACAACAACCGCGAACCUUCCCUGUUCGCCGUGGCCAAGCUGUUGGAAACUGGGCUGGUAAAUCUGGCUCGCAUCGAAGUUCUGUGGCGUCCGCUCACCAAUCAUCUGCUCGAAAUCUGUCAGCAUCCCCAUAUUCGGAUGAGAGAAUGGGGUGUGGAGGCGAUCACGUAUCUCGUGAAGGCAGCCUUACAGUACAAAUACGAGAAACCUCUGAAGGAAAACUUGAAAUUACAAACCUUACUGCUCGGGCCACUUUCGGAGUUGUCUUCGGUACCCCAUGGAGAUGUUCGACAACGGCAGCUGGAGUGCGUUUUGCAAGUUCUCAACGGAGCCGGGGAGACUCUGUCCCACGGGUGGCCACUGGUUUUGGGGAUAAUCGGAGCGGUGAAUGAUCACCACGGAGAGGCGUUGAUUAGAAUUGCCUUCCAGUGUUUGCAACUGGUGGUAACCGAUUUUCUUCCGGUGAUGCCCUGGCGAUGUCUACCACUUUGUGUGAAUACUGCGGCCAAGUUUGGAUCCCAAACACAAGAGUUGAACAUCUCACUGACCGCCGUCGGAUUGAUGUGGAACAUUUCGGACUACUUCAACCAGAACCAAGAGAAAUUAUCGCAGACCGUCUGCGACGACACAUCGGUGCUGCCGGACUUUCCGGGCACCCUUAACAUGCCCCACUUCGAUCGGCUGUGGAUGUGUCUGUACGCACGGCUCGGUGACCUGUGCGUGGAUCCCAGGCCAGCGGUCCGCAAGUCGGCCGGGCAGACUCUGUUCUCGACGAUUUCCGCCCACGGAAAUCUGCUGAAUCCGCCCACCUGGCAGGCGGUCCUCUGGCAGGUACUGUUUCCACUGCUUGACAAGGUACGGGCACUGUCCAGUUGUGCGAGCAGCGAGAAGGUUGACACCAGCGGGAAUAUAUUGAUUCAUCACUCACGCAACACGGCCCAGAAGCAGUGGGCGGAGACGCAGGUGCUGACGCUGUCCGGAGUUUCGAGGGUUUUCAACACAAAGCGCACGCUGCUUCAGAUGCUUGGUGAUUUCCCCCGUGCAUGGGCUCUCCUGUUGGAAUUCAUCGAGAACUCUGCCCUCAGCAAGAGCAACGAAGUUUCACUGGCGGCACUGAAAUCAUACCAGGAAAUACUGUACAACAGACCACCCUCCGCGGCGGACGACAAAGCUAAACACUCGAAGGAGAGUGAGAAGGCAGCCAACGAAGAAAUCGACAUAUGGAACGUGGCGUGGCGCGUUUGGUUGAACAUUGGCGCAGAAAGCACCAAGCCGCCUUCACUGGCAGAUAGCUCGGAUAAGGGGGGAGAGGAGAUUUACAUCCCUAGCCAGGCAUUCUUAACCGCACUGGUACAGAUCUUUCCCGCCCUGUUCCAGCACAUCCGAAACCGAUUCAGCAACAAGGAUCUCACGCUGCUGUGUGCCGUCCUCAUGAAUGCUGUGGCGGUUCCGGUGCAUUCGGAUUCGACUCCCUACAUUAUGUCGACUAUUUCCGAUUCGCUGCUAACACCGUUGCACGAUGGCGUGCUCGAUUGUAUGGAACUACUGCAGAAGGAAGCGAUCGGUGGGGCAGGGUCCCACUUGAGGCACAUGAUAUCGGCCAUCUUCAAGCAGUUGUUAAGCUUCAGCAAGUUCUCCUGUGUGCCACCGACGUUCGAUCGGAUUGAAACGAGACCGGUGAAACCAGCUCGCUCUGGUAGUGGAGCUGUUUCACACCAAGUUCCCACAGGAAACGGUAUCGAAUGGGUUAGUAUGAACUACAUUCCCUUCGGAGAGAAAGCCUUGACGGUGGCGGUGAGACUGUAUCAGCAGACAGCGAACGACGAGACGGUCGUCGAGGGUCAAAUCAUGCAUGAAAUCAUCAAAGCAUUGCAUCUUCCGCUAUCACUCAAGUACAAAUGUAUGUCCGCCAGCACCUGGAAGCUGGCCAUCUCCAGCUUGAUGACUAUCCUGCAUACGGGGCUCCCAGUGGCAAGGAAGUAUCCCAAGCAGUUUGCCCCCAUGUGGAAGGACCUGUCCGACACGCUGGAUCAAUUUUUGUUCCCCAAAAGUGUUUGUGUCGUUGAGGAUCGUGGCUUAGACGAGUUAGUCCUUGAUGAGGCUAUCGAUUGCCAGGUCAUCGAGCUUAUCCGAGACGAGAUUCUUCCGUACAGUCACGAAAUCCCACAGCAAUUUAUCUUGGAUGCAGUCGUGCUUCUCAACAAAGGAUCAAUCCAUUCUGCAACAACAGGAAGCACCCCAUUUGCUGGAUGUGAAACGGAACUUAAGCUACGGGAAGAAUUUGCCAAAACAUGCUUCGAGACGCUGCUGCAAUUUUCCCUGUUGGAUGAUGGGAUUGCAGGCGUCGGUGCCCCGGAAAUUGGAAGUAAUAAGAUUAAUAACAAUAACACCGAUAAGGAUUCAACCAUUGGCGGAGGAACGACUGAAGGUGGCAUCGCCGGACGAUUAGCCAUUACGGCAUUGUUGCAUCGGUUCGAGGAGGUGCUUAGGAAGUUCAACGACGACGAACGAUUGAGUGGGAAGUUUCCAUUGCCAAGAUAUCGACUCUCGGAGAUAUCGUUUGUGCUGAAAGCAGUAGCUACACUUGUUAUCUCGAUGAAGAAAGCACCACCAGCGAAAGUCGGCACUACAGCCUGGGAGCAAUUGAUAGGUUUGUACCCUUACCUGGUGGAAUGUACCACUACAUCCUCUGCUGAGGUAUCCCGUUCACUGCGGGAAGCCCUUCUGCAAUACUGUGAUCUACUACGACCACCCCUCUCGGCCACGAGUAAUUCCUCCUCAACGAGUAGUCUGGGCCGGCUCGAAAGCACUAACGAGUUGACCAACACCAAUGGCAUAAGCCACUGUUAGCUAGGUUCCUUCUCGGCCGGAGGUUUCUACUUUCUUUUAAUGUACGAUACCGGUCUGCUGGUGAAGAUUGUAUUUUAAAAGUAAGAUUUAGUUUUUAUUCCUCUUCUGUUACUUUAUUAUCUGUUUUCUAAUGCAAGAAAUCGUAAAAACAUAGAAAUAUAUAUGUAAAGAUUAUUUAUAUUAUUCUCAAAUGAGAUAACUUCAAACUUUCCUGACAAAUUUAAAAUCACAAAUCAUUCUUAUCCCACACCUGAUACUAUUUGUUGGAAUAAUACCACUGUUAUGAAACUAAAAUUGUGAUUACAUUAUCCUUACAGUUGAUGAGAGGUUACAGAAAAAAUAGCUUUGUCGCUUCCUAUCUUCAAUUAUUUUUUGAUAAUCUCCAAAAACGAAAACGGAGAAUUCGCACUUAAGGUUCUUAAACAUUUCUAUUAAAAUCUUUUCGUAACAUCUCUUGUAUUCGAAAAAAGACGUAUUGAGAUAUAGACACUUAUUAUCAACAUCGUAGAACAUUGCAGCGUUAUUUGUUGCUAGACGAAAUAAAAACAUAAAUUUCCCACAUUAUUAGCAGUGAUAGUGCCAAUUUGAAGCAUUUAAACUUUCAUGAAACGUUGUGCAGUUUAGCGCGAUUCUUUCUCCUGUUCCUACCGGUUUUUCGCCCAUAAAUGUCUGCGAUUCCAUUCUUAUUAUUUUAGCCCGAACUGGGAAAAACCUUUGGAGAUAAAACAAUGCGCAUUCAUACAACACUCUUGCAUGGUUGUGUUAAAGUUAAUAGAUGCCUAUGGAAAUAAGGAAAGAAAAGUGGUAACAAUAGAGAGCAGUUAAAAACUAGUAAACUAAAAAACCCCUUUUCUAAAGUAUCGUGAAAAUAUUUCAGAGUAGUAUAUUUUUCUCACGUUUGCAGUGAAAGCCUAGCCAACGAAAAUGAUGAGGUAUCAUCAUGGAGGCAAACCAAUACGAAACCCCAUCUGCAUCGAUUAGGAUGUUAAAAAAAAUACCGACACAACCUGGGGUAUAUUCUCUUGCACAACAGAUAUUUUAACCGUAAUUUAUCAGUACACAUAAACACACACACACUGAAGUACAUAAAUAUAUACACAUCUUUAGGGAAUGUUUGGAAACCGACGCUGAGAACCACAAAUACAAUAAAAGGAAACGAAUUUAUAUUGAACAAA